CCAGGCACAGAGAACCAAACUAUUAUAACAAAUCUAAUCUCUAAAAUGGAAGAAGCCAAAAACCCAAGUUUGGAAGAAGACUUUGAAGGACAGGCGACACAUACAGGACCCAAAGGAGUAAUACAUGAUUGGAGAAAGUUUAAAUUAGAGAGCGAAGAUAAUGACUCAGUCCCACCAAGCAAGAAGGAGAUUCUCAGACAAAUGUCUUCUCCUCAGAGUAGGGAUGACAAAGACUCAAAAGAAAGAUUCAGCAGAAAGAUGAGCAUUCAAGAAUAUGAACUAAUCCACCAAGACAAAGAAGAUGAAACUUGCCUUCGUAAAUACCGUAGACAGUGUAUGCAGGAUAUGCACCAGAAGCUGAGUUUUGGGCCUAUAUAUGGGUUUGUGUAUGAGCUGGAAACUGGGGAGCAAUUCCUGGAGACCAUUGAAAAGGAGAAGAAAAUCACCACAAUCAUUGUUCACAUUUAUGAAGAGGGCAUUAAGGGCUGUGAUGCUCUAAACAGGAGCCUAACAUGCCUUGCAGCCGAAUACCCUGUGGUCAAGUUUUGUAAAAUAAAAGCUUCUGAUACAGGUGCCGGGGACCGCUUUUCCUCUGAGGUACUCCCCACACUGCUCGUCUACAAGGGUGGGGAACUCAUAAGCAAUUUUAUUAGUGUUGCUGACCAGUUUGCUGAAGAAUUUUUUGCUGGGGAUGUGGAGUCUUUCCUAAAUGAAUAUGGGUUACUACCUGAAAGAGAGAUAUAUGCCCUAGAGCAGACAAACAUGGAAGAAGAUAUUGAGUAA